UUUGCCUGACAACAUGUGCGCCUCGUCGUCCGCUGCCUCGAGCAGCGACUCCGCGCCGCCCGCGCCGGCGCCCGCGCCGAAGCGCCGCCGCUCCACCUCGCCGACGCUCGCCCGACGAGCCGUCGUCUCCAACAUGCACGGCAAGCUCUCGCGCACCAUCUCGAUUGACCGGCUUCCAGAGGAGGGGAAGCGGCUGACCCGCGCGUCGAAGCUGGUUCGGAUGCCGAGCGAGGACUCGGUGGAGCGGCGCGUGCUGCACCUGCUGCUGCGGCCGCGCGAGUGGGCGGCGCAGCCGGCCGCGCAGAAGAGCGAGUUCCCGCUCGAGCCCGAGGACGUCAUCCGCCUCUGCGACGUCGUGCAGCCGCUGCUCGAGGCGGAGCCGACGCUGCUGCGGCUCUCGGCACCGGUCAAGGUCUUCGGGGACCUGCACGGUCAGUACUCUGACCUGAUGCGCCUCUUCGAGUCGUACGGAGUGCCGCGCAAGGAGGGCGGCGACAUCGGCAUCAUCGACUACCUCUUCCUGGGGGACUUUGUCGACCGAGGCAAGCACUCCCUCGAGACGGUCGUCCUGCUGCUCGCCCUCAAGGCGGCCCACCCACGCGCUGUCUUCCUUGUGCGCGGCAACCACGAGUCUCCCGAGGUGAAUGCGCGCGACGGCUUCCUGCACGAGUGCGCCCUGCGGCUCGGCGGCAAGAAGCCAGGCGUCGCUGUCUGGCGCCGCCUCAACUUGCUCUUCGAGUGGCUGCCGAUGGCGGCGACGGUCAACGGCUGCAUCCUGUGCGUACACGGAGGAAGCACGCUGUGCUCGCUCGAGCAGAUUGCAGAGAUGCAGCGGCCGCUGCGCGUGGGCGGGCAGCACGCGGAGCUGAUGCUCGACUUGCUCUGGUCCGACCCGACCAAGUCCGACGCCAGGUGGCCGAGAGGUGGCCGAGAGGUGGCCGAGACCAGGCCCGACCGCGUCGCUUCCUUCCUCGCCGCAAACAAGCUCAAGCUCAUCGUGCGCGGGCACGAGUGCGUCAUGGACGGCUUCCAGCGCUUCGCGGGCGGCAAGCUCGUCACCGUCUUCUCGGCGACAAACUACUGCAACCGGUGGCAGAACGCGGGCGCGAUCCUGCUCAUCGGGAAGGACCUCGAGAUCACGCCAAAGAUGAUCUUCCCCGUCGAAGAGAUCGAGGACGCGUGGCUGCGCUGCGAGGAGGUCGACCACAUGCGGCCGCCGACGCCGCCGCGCGAGCAGGACGACGCCGACGAGGACGCGACGCCGGCGGCCGGAGGGCGCGGGCCCGGGGGUCGCAAGCCGCGCUCGAGCCCGCGCGUGGCGGGCGCGCCGCCGGUGCCGUCGCCGACGAAGCGCAACCUGUCGGCGAGCUUGGGGUUGGGCGCGAUUGCGGAGCGGCGUGCGACUGAGCCGACGGAGGAGGAGGGGGCGGGCAGCGACGGGGAGCGCGAGGAGCAGGAGCAGGAGCAGGAGGCGAGCGGCGCGACGGAGGCUGCCUCGCCGCAGUCCUCGCCGCAAGAGGAGGAGGAGGAGGAGGUCCCCAUCGGCACUCGCCCGCAGGAGUAGUCCGCCAGCCGACUCCGCCAGCCGACGCCGCGCUGCUCGCGCGUUGGCGCCGAUUCCCGGUCCCGAGCUUGUCGCCUCCUCAAGCUCCGCCGCCCCGAGCGCCGUCGGUCGCUUGAGGAGAUGGCCGGAUGUUCGCGGCCGUACCUGAGAUUUACCUGUGACUGUGUGCUCUCACAUACGGUAGACUUUUUUGAGCAC